GGAAACACUAAAAGAAACAAAAAAGCUAUUAGAAAUUAUUGUUAGAACUCCUAUGUCAACUUUUCUUCGAAAUACUAUGACCCAGGAUCGCCUUACAGCGUUGUCGAUGCUGUCCAUUGAAAAGGAAUUUAUUUCGACCUUGGAAAAUUUCAACGGGAAGGUGAUCGACAAAUUUCCUGCCAAGAAGGAGCGCAGGAUCGAACUGACAUAUAAAAAAUAGGUAAGUUCGGAUUUGCAGAACACCUGUUUUAUUUUGCCACGUGCCGCCACUGGGUGAUGGUAUAUGAAUAUGUGCAAAUACACAGAAAUGUUUGUUAUAAAAAUAUCAUAAAAUACUUGAACAUCUAAUUAAUUUUUUACAAAUCAGAUAGGAAAUACAGAAAUAAAUU